AGGAAGUGGAGAGUCAGCCUUGACAUGGAGGCAAACUCACUGCCAGGGAAGUGAACUAAGUUACUGUUUUCAGUCAUACCGACAAAACAAGUACAGGACUUAGUGCCAUGGAUACCAUCUUUGCUACCGUGGCUUGCUGCCUCCUGGCUGUUUCUUUUGCUGAGGCACACACAGAAAAAAUGAAUUUGACUAUCAUGCCAACAACCACCACCCCUGGCUUAAACUUGAAUCACACAUCUACACUCGUUACAUCAUCUAACACCACUGUACAUGCAACUGUUAUCUCAAACAUAAGUGAAGACACAACUUCAUUUACCAGCACAACCUGGGACAAUGGAACAUUCAAUGAAACCACAAGUCACCCCCAGACCUCUCAGUCAACAACCGUCUUGAAUCCUCUAACAAGGAGUAGUUUAUUGACAACCACCACACCUGGCACUCACACUUCCUCAUUUACAGCUGUGACAAUGCCAGUAAUCCAGUCCACAGCAGGUUACAUAAGUACACCGGAUACUUCAGUAAUUACAACUGCAAAUUCAUCUAACACUGUCAAUACAACUUCAGAUUCAGUGGACAGAAUCACACAAGGUUUUGGACUGGACAUUUCAGAAAAGAACAUGACCAUUGUCUUCAGUGUUGCACUGGGAGUGUUCGGUGUGGCAUUGGUUAUAUUUAUGUUUCACAGAUGCAAACAGAAAAUCCAAUACUUGCAUCAGCCUCUUAACAACACUAAUGACACAGAUGCAUUCGUGGCAGAUGAUGAUACCCUCAUAAUUUCCGGAGGACUUUAUGAUGGCCAUCCGAUCUACGAUAAUGUACCUACAGCCCCAGAAGACCAAUCUCAAUUUCGCCUUGAGUUCCUUCACUGAGGAGAGACAGCUAACUACAGUUUG